UCCAUUUUGUGGCGCUCUUGGGGAGGCUGCGUGUUAGUUGUGACUCCGCCGUCGGUGAGGAAGGGUCGAGCUUUGAGCUCUGUUCCCCCCGUCUCGUCUUGAGGUUUCGGCGAAAGUCAUCAAAAACGGAAGGUCGAAAGAGCAGGGACUGAAAUCCAUUAGGAGAGAGGCGUCCUCUUAAGUCUCGGUGCCUUUUGCAGCUGGUGGUCCAUCUGGAGCGGCAUCAUGAGUGGCUGUCGGGUAUUUAUCGGAAGGCUGAAUCCUGCCGCCCGGGAGAAGGACGUGGAGAGGUUUUUCAAGGGAUACGGACGGAUCCGGGACAUUGAUCUGAAAAGAGGAUUUGGCUUUGUGGAGUUUGAAGAUCCAAGGGAUGCUGAUGAUGCAGUCUAUGAACUGGAUGGAAAAGAACUCUGCAGUGAAAGGGUUACAAUUGAACAUGCAAGGGCUCGCUCCAGAGGUGGAAGAGGCAGAGGAGGCCGGUACUCUGAUCGUUUCAGUAGUCGUCGCCCACGCAAUGACAGAAGAAAUGCUCCUCCUGUCAGGACAGAAAAUCGCCUCAUUGUAGAAAAUUUGUCAUCCAGAGUCAGUUGGCAGGAUCUCAAAGACUUCAUGAGACAGGCUGGGGAAGUAACCUUUGCGGAUGCACACAGGCCUAAAUUAAAUGAAGGGGUGGUUGAGUUUGCCUCUUACAGUGAUCUCAAGAAUGCUAUUGAAAAGCUUUCUGGCAAAGAGAUAAAUGGAAGAAAAAUCAAACUGAUUGAAGGCAGCAAAAGACAUAGUAGGUCCAGGAGCAGGUCUCGGUCCCGCAGCAGGAGCUCAUCAAGGUCUCGCAGCCGAUCUCGCUCCAGAAGCCGCAAGUCUUAUACACGGUCCCGCAGCAGGAGCCGUAGCAAGUCCCGUUCAGUUAGUAGAUCUCCUGCUCCUGAAAAGAGCCAGAAACGCGCGUCUUCGAGUCGAUCAAAGUCUCCGGCUUCUGUCGAUCGCCAGAGGUCACGCUCAAGAUCGCGAUCAGUUGAUAGCGGCAACUGAAUUCAAAACAGUUAGCUGUUGGGGACUUUUUAAAUCAUACUUGCUAAUAGUUUUGGUAAGUAUGUGACUCCUGGGAAAGAGACCGAGUGGGUGUGGGGAGGGGGAGGAUUAACAGCUUUGUAUAUGUGGACCACCGAGAGGUUACUGAACUUAUUGUAUUGUCUUUUUGAUAAUCUUUUUCCUGCUCACUUCAUUGACUCAGAAGUGCAUAGCUUUAUGUAUAUUGCUAGAGCUCUUUGGAGAAACUUAAUAUUUUUUUUUGUAAUUAAGGGGAGUAUGCCUUUUGAAAACACGCUCUCAGUGUAUUCUCGUAAAUGCUAUUUUGGGGUAUAAAGUGUUAAAAAUUGGCAUAGAGCUCUUACACCCGCUGUAAAUAAAGCUUUUAUUUCAGAUUUUUAGUGCUUCAAGCAAUAUGUCUGCUUUCCUGUCCUGAUCUUAUUGGUCAAGAUGGAUAAUAAAAAAUACUCCAAAAA